CAUUUGGUUUUGACAAGUCGCCAGGAAAUUUAGUUUUCAUCUAGAAUCCGAACCUGAGAAACCAUAGUCAUUGUACAACAACUGAACUUCGAUAUGCCGAACAAGUCGAAGGCAAGUCCAGCUGGAAGCAACGAAUCCCGUUCCUCUUCCCCCGACGAGUUCCUCAUGCAGGAGCAGCCUCAUCAGCCACGUGGAUCCAGUGUGGAGUCUAUAGAGACGCAGGACUCGCCAUCGGAUAUGGUGGAUCAGUCUACCCAGACGCAGGGUUCGUACCCUGCCUUGAGAAGUGAUGCCCAGUUCCAUGGCCGCGUGAGAGAACUGCUGAGAGCACUGAACUCGAUCAUGGCCAAGAAGUUGAUGCGGGCUAUCAGGAAUAACCCUGGAAUCAUUGCGUCGGACCUGAACGAUAUUACUUUGCAGCUCGGCAUGCUGGGCUUGAGGAUGAGUGUCCCUCCCGAGGAGAAUCUAACUGGGGAUCAAACUGUGGUACCAGAGCUUCAGCCAGAGCAAAAUCCAGAUGGGGAACUGCUUGCCAAGCGAAAGAAGGUGGAGGGUACCCAGGACAUGGCAUCUUCCACCUCCGUCGGCGAAAGGAUGGACCCUACCACGAAGGCUGAAGCCAUCGACAAGUGCUCCAAGAGUACCAGUACAGAUUAGCUGCAGGCUUGGAAGUCGUAUUGGCCACUUUGUGGUGAUGCGGUGGACUACAUGUACAUAUGUAGGUUGUUGCGGCGAAAUUGAUACGAAUAUGGACAACAACUAAAACUAUUACAAAAUAUUUGUUUUGAACCCAAAGCA